AUGAAUAUCUACAGCAGGGAUCAACAGAUUUACAACAUACAGCGUACCCGUGGCGAGCGCUGGCUGCUGCAUCUGUACACUCUCAGCACAGGUGUGCAGGUUGUGUGCUUUCUCUUCGCCAUUAUCCGCACCGCCAAUGCCGCCUCGGAUUCCUUUGAAAAUAACUUUUUCGUCACUUCUCCACUCGAUUUAGGACCGCUUAGACUUUGGGAUAACUGUUCCCUUUCGGUGAGCUCCUCAUAUACUAUGUUCACCAACGUCAGCUACUCUCUGUCGACGAGAAACGUGGGUUAUUUUGUCAGUCGCAGUGUAACAAAUAUACGUAUGCUGUUUACGUGCGCUGCGCUGAACAUCGUGGUCUGCGCGAUCAAUCGUCUGUGGGUCUGGUUGGAGAUACGCGAGCUGCGAUAUCAUUUUGUGGUGAUUCGGCAUGACGUAUUCGUUGUCUGGGAGCUUUUUCUCACCAUCGUUGGCAUUGUCUUGCUGCAGCCUGUAGCGAAUGAAAGUGAAGUAUUGUCAAAGUACUUUUCAUAUUGCGCACAAAAGCGGCCGUACGGAUUGGGGAACGUCUCUCGUUACGUAGAGCUGUAUGUGUCGUUUUUCACGGCGCUAGCCGUUUUUUCACUGGCCGCCUUGGCGGCAGUUGUUGUACGAUGCAAGAAAGUGCCCGGCGAUGAGGAAAUGGAAGCGUCGGCAGUUCAGCCUCACUUACCCCCACAACGAUUGCUGUCUGUUUACUCAGCAGGAGAAGCAGGGCGGCGGUGGCAGCCGCCGCAGCAGCAACUGUACAAUCCCCCUCCGCACGUUGGGAGGAAUGCAGGGGGGCAGGGCGACUUCCGCCCAAGUAAUGACGUGGCAUUCCACACAGCCGCCGCGCCGGUGGCGCCUCUGGUGCCUCCGGAGGACUUCGAACGCCGCCACUCCGCUCCCAGCUUUGGUCCUAGCAUCAGUCGGCCGAUGACACCCAACACAUUGGGCCCGGACCCCGGCACUUUGCACCACAGAGGCGACGCCGCCGUGUCGGCUAGGGAUGGCUCCUCCACGGGCGCUGGGGCGCAACCGUUGACCCGUUUUCAACCACCGCCACCGCCACCGCCACCGUCGCUGGGGAGGCAAAGGGACACGCAGGGCGACGCCGCCACGGAGGCGACUGUGGAGCUAGAGAACCAGCGGUGA